AUGGCUGCAAAAAUAGCUGCUAGGUUCUUCUCGAGUGCAACUAAAAUCGCCUCUGUCUCUCAACCCGUCAACAGAAUCAUCACAGUGGAAUGGACCGAUGGAGUCAAGGGCAAGUUCCCGGUGAUCUGGCUGAGAGACUGUUCACCGGAUCCAGCCACAUACUUGACAAGUCCGGCGAUGAUUGCAAGAAACCUGACAAUGAAAGAAUUUGAUGUGGAACAAAGUCCAAAAGCUGUCCGACUCGAGGAUAACCAGCUCGUGAUCGACUGGAAGGGAACGCAGUCCAGGUAUUGUGAAGUUGAUGGCUGA